AUGUACUCGGCUCCUUAUGGCUACGGCAACGCUGCAGGACAAGCUUUCACUGGUGCCCCACCAGGUCAGAGCCCUCAGAUGCAGCCCGGUCCUGGUCAGAACCAGCCUCAGCAGCAGAUGAUGUAUAACCAGCAAUUCUCCAUGGGGCCGUCUGUCCCUGGUGGAUAUGCUGGUGCUCAGAACCCAGGCGCCAUGAUGCCGGGUGGUGGUGGUGGACCUGCAGGAAUGAUGCAGAAUACCGCCAUGCCACAGAUGCCCGCUAACGGCCAGAGUGAGUUUAUCCGUUCUCUCGUCUCUACCACCCGCGUCACACGCUCUGACCGGCCCAAACUCCUACUUUGCCUGCGGUCCCCUAUUCCUCCUUUGUCCUACGUCCAGUCCCGUUCCUCCUCCGUGAGCAGCGUGUUCCCAGCCGCCGCUGCUGCCACCGCCGGCAUGGCCAACCGUUUCCCCCGUCCUCGCCCCGACGAGGACCUUGCCAUCCUGUCUCAUACGCACGCGAAGGGCAAAUAG